ACGCUCCAGUCGACGACCAGACCAUGUGAUCAGUUGCUCUAUACAUAGGAGUAAAUACGCGUGUGUUGCUUAGGUCCACGUAUGUAUGGAAAAUCUUCGGUGCAAAAUAUCGUUAGUAGUCUAAUAGCCAUAUCGAAAUUGUGUGACAUAUGCCAACAAUAGUGUUUAAUAAUAACUACACAUCAUUCGUGCUGGCUGUGGACGUUCAUGUACAUUAAUUUGCUGGCUUAUCAAACACUUUUAUUCGGUUUGAUCGUUCAGUAGUGCUUUGCCUUUCGCAGAUGUAACAUCGCCCGUAAAAUUUCGGACAUUACCGGAAAUUUAUCGACUAAGUGAAAGAGCCGACACAAAAAGGUUAAUCGUCGCGGUUGGUUGCAUUCGACGAUCAUCCUCGCUGGAGCAACCCAAUUCUUGUCACUGUUAACAAGUUACAGGCGGAGAAAACUUGACCCUUGAUCCCAGCAAGAUGGGGGCAAUGUUUAGGAGCGAGGAGAUGGCCUUGUGCCAAAUGUUCAUCCAACCGGAGGCAGCUUACACUUCCGUUUCCGAGUUGGGUGAAACGGGUGCUGUUCAGUUUCGUGAUUUGAACUCCGAGGUAAACGCAUUUCAGCGUAAAUUCGUUAGCGAGGUCCGUCGAUGCGACGAAAUGGAACGCAAACUUCGCUACGUGGAGGCCGAGGUGAAGAAGGAUAAUGUAAAAAUUCCGGACAUACGUGACGAACUGCCACGGGCACCGAAUCCUCGGGAGAUAAUCGAUUUGGAAGCGCACCUUGAAAAAACGGAAAGUGAAAUCUUGGAGCUAUCCCAGAACGCCGUCAAUUUGAAGUCUAAUUAUCUCGAAUUGACGGAGCUGAAGCACGUGUUAGAACGCACCCAAGGUUUUUUCUUCGAACAAGAAGGUGCCGUUAAUUUGGAUGCCACCAGGAAUAAUCUCAUUAUUGAUGAUCCAACUCAUGCUCAGACAAGAGGACGUCUGGGCUUUGUCGCUGGCGUUAUUCAGCGAGAGAAAGUACCCGGUUUCGAGCGUAUGUUGUGGAGAAUCUCGCGUGGUAACGUUUUUCUGCGUCAGGUGGAGCUGGAGAAACCGUUGGAAGAUCCAGCAACUGGUAACGAAAUCUACAAAACCGUGUUUGCAGCCUUCUUCCAAGGUGAGCAACUGAAGACCAGAAUCAAGAAAGUUUGCACGGGCUACCAUGCAUCACUCUAUCCAUGUCCGAGCGCCGCCGACGAACGCGAAGAAAUGGUAAAAGGUGUUCGCACGCGUUUGGAGGAUUUGAACAUGGUGCUGAACCAAACCCAAGAUCAUCGCUCCCGUGUACUAUCCACUGUUGCUAAGGAGUUGCCACGUUGGACAAUAAUGGUGAAGAAAAUGAAGGCGAUUUAUCAUACUUUAAACUUGUUCAACAUGGACGUGACAAAAAAGUGUUUGAUCGGAGAAUGUUGGGUUCCCGUUCUUGACCUUCCAGUCGUACAAAAAGCUUUGUCGGAUGGAUCAGCAGCGGUUGGAAGUACAAUUCCAUCUUUCUUGAAUGUUAUUGAAACAAGCGAACAGCCGCCUACCUUCAACAGAACCAACAAAUUUACACGUGGCUUCCAAAAUUUAAUUGAUUCCUAUGGUAUUGCAUCGUACCGUGAAGCAAAUCCAGCACUGUACACGAUUAUUACAUUCCCGUUCUUGUUCGGAAUCAUGUUUGGCGAUCUGGGCCAUGGACUUAUAAUGGCAUUGUUUGGUUUUUGGAUGGUCUCCGGUGAGAAGAAGCUGGGUGCUAAGAAAUCCAGUAAUGAAAUUUGGAACAUCUUUUUCGGAGGCCGUUACAUCAUUUUGCUGAUGGGCUUGUUUUCAAUGUAUACUGGAUUUGUAUACAACGACGUUUUCUCAAAAUCUAUGAAUAUAUUUGGAAGUUCCUGGAAUGUCAACUACAACACAUCAACUAUAAUGACAAACAAAGAUCUUACUCUGAACCCAGGUUCAUCGGAUCUCAUCGAUGAUGUUUAUCCUAUCGGAUUGGAUCCUGUCUGGCAGCUUGCUAGCAACAAAAUUAUUUUCCUUAAUUCCUACAAAAUGAAAUUGUCCAUCAUUUUCGGAGUUGUUCAUAUGAUAUUCGGCGUUUGCAUGAGCGUUGUCAAUCAUAACUUCUUUAACAAGCGCAUAAGCAUCCUGUUGGAGUUCCUUCCCCAGAUCAUUUUCCUAGUAUUGCUGUUUGCUUACAUGGUGUUCAUGAUGUUUUUGAAAUGGAUUCAGUACACGGCCAAGACCGAUUUUCAACCGAAUACCCCAGGUUGUGCUCCAUCCGUGCUGAUUAUGUUCAUCAACAUGAUGCUUUUCAAGCAAACACCACCUCUGCAUGGUUGUGAAGAGUUCAUGUACUCUUUCCAAAGUUCUUUGCAACGCACAUUUGUCUUCAUUGCUUUGGUUUGUAUUCCUUGGAUGCUCCUCGGCAAACCGUUUUACAUUAUGUUCAACAAGAAGAAAACGGCUGCUGCUCAUCACAAUGGUGGCAUCAAUCAGCAGACGGAGACUGCACUUGAUACUUCGGAGGCUGCGAAAACUUCUGAACACGGAGAACACGAAGACGAACCGAUUAGUGAGGUUUUCAUCCAUCAAGCCAUUCAUACCAUUGAAUACGUUCUUAGUACCGUAUCACACACCGCGUCCUACCUCCGUUUGUGGGCUUUGUCGCUUGCUCAUGCUCAACUUUCGGAGGUGCUGUGGAAUAUGGUCCUUUCCAUGGGACUACAUCAAUCUUCAUACAAGGGAGCAAUUAUGCUGUACUUUGUGUUUGGAGCAUGGGCUUUGUUUACUCUGGCAAUCUUGGUAAUGAUGGAAGGUUUGUCAGCAUUCUUGCACACACUUCGUCUCCAUUGGGUCGAGUUCAUGAGCAAGUUCUACGAGGGCCUUGGAUACGUUUUUCAGCCAUUCUCCUUCAAGCUUAUUCUAGAGGCAGACGACGAUGUUGAUUAAGUGUUUUAUUUAAUGUGCAAUCUCGAACAUUUUUUCGCCAUAGCCACCGUGAAUGAACAGUAUUUUAUCGUUAAUUUUGAAUCGUAAAGUGCACUUGUCUUUGGUAUUCUACUGAUUUUGUAAAACAAGUUUUAGUUUAAAUCAGAAUCUCCUUUUUCUGUUAUUUUAUUUAAUCAGUAUUAUUUUUGUUGUCGUAUCACGGUAUUCCUUUGAGUAUAUCAGUAGAAUAAAGAAAGUUUUGCACGAU